GAGAAAUUGUCUUCAUAAUUAUAAAUCGCCAAUCCAUGUUGUUACAAUUGUGAAUUGUAAUUUUGUAAAUAUUCUUUCCACUUUUUGCAUUUCCGUAGAUGGCUGUAAACCAGAACCUUCCGUUUUACCGCUUGAGGCAUGAAUUUAAAGGAGUUAUGUAUCCAAACUUUGUCCUGGAUUCUAGUAUCAAACGGUUGAGGACCUUCCCAGUCCGAUCAGAUGAUGUUUGGCUCUUGUCCUUUCCAAAAGCAGGAACCCACUGGAUGAUGGAGAUUGUUGGACUCAUUCUAAGCGAUGGUGAUCCGGAUCAGAUCAACCGAUCCCUUUACUCCUCGACACCGGAGAUGAUCAACAUGGAUCAACCGUUUCCCGCCACAAGGGAAGAUGAGAAAAUACAUCCUGUGAACAUGAGUCCAUUCCUGGACGUUGUCGAGAGAGCGCCCUCACCUAGGGUGAUGCUUGAUCACCUGACCUUAGACCUUCUGCCUGAGGAUAUCCUCAAGUCAAAGGUCAUCUACACUGCACGCAAUCCAAAGGACUCCAUCUUAUCUUGGUUCGAGUUCGUCAAAGAUGACCCAGUCUAUUCACUUACCAUGGAUAAAACCAUAGAGGAAUUUAUGAACUACACAAUGAAUUGGGGUUGUUGGCCAAAACAUGUCCGUCAGUUCUGGGAGCUACGUGACCACGAGAAUGUGACGUUUGUCUUCUACGAAGAUCUCAAAAAGGAACCUGCCAAGAACAUUCAGAAGAUUGCUUCAGGUAUUGGUCAUCCGCUGUCGGAUGAAACACUACAGCGUGUUGUUGAGCUCAGCCACAUUGAAUCGCAGAGAAAAAGAUUUCAGAAAAUGGCGGAGAGUGGGCAAGAAAACCUCGUCAGUAAUGCAUCAGGAAUGUAUACGUUCCUUAACAAAGGAAUAGUUGGUCGUUGGAAGAACCACUUCACCGUGGCACAGAACGAAGCAUUUGAUGAAUGGUAUCAAAACAUAAUGGCUGACACAGAUCUCUCGUUUACGUUUGAAUAAACAUCGAUAGAAAUG